AUGGCAACAGCCUUGUCCACAACCACUCUGCUUUCAUGGAGAAGAAACCCACAGCACGUGUAUAUCCAACCAUCUUCAAUUAGAAAUGAAAUUUCAAGAACCGCACCUGCUUCAGUCUCAAAAGACAGUUUUCCAAUCAAUGAAGAGAGUGAUCGAUGUACAAGAUCUUUGUUGGUGAACAGAAGAACAGUUUUGGGUUCUGGAAUUUCCUUGUUGGGUUUUCCAGGAGUUAGUUUAGCUGUGGUUAAACAAGGUCUUCUAGCAGGGAGAAUUCCUGGUCUGUCUGAGCCAGAUAAAGAAGGUUGGAGGACAUAUCGUAGGCCAGAUGAGAAGUCAGGAGGACAUGGUGUUGGAUGGAGUCCUAUUAUUCCAUACACCUUUUCGGUGCCUCAAGAAUGGGAAGAGGUACCCGUAUCAAUCGCGGAUCUUGGUGGCACAGAGAUAGAUUUGAGAUUUGUCAACCCUAAGGAAGGACGUCUGUUUGUUAUAGUUGCUCCUGUUCUUAGAUUUUCCGAUGAUCUUGGUGAUAAUGCUACAAUAGAAAAAAUUGGACCUCCAGACAAAGUGAUCAAUGCAUUUGGUCCAGAAAUGAUUGGAGAAAAUGUAGAAGGGAAGGUUCUUAGUUCCAGUGUAGCAGAGCAUGAAGGAAGAACGUACUAUCAGUUUGAGCUAGAGCCUCCUCAUAUUUUCAUUACCGCCACUGCUGCUGGCAACCGCCUUUACUUGUUUGGUGUAACCGGUAACGGGCUUCAGUGGAAGAGACACUACAAUGAUUUGAAGAAGAUAUUUGAAUCUUUUCGAGUUGUAUAA